AUGCCGACUUUAACGUUUAAACUUUCAUCGUGCGUUGUCCCUUCACACCCGUGCAGCCUCCUGAACAUCAGGUACCCAGGGUGUCCGAAUGGGAAAUCAUGGGUGGUCCUUGACAGCAAGGCGUAUGCGUAUGCCAAGAUUCACGGGAAGCCGAUUGGGAGAUGCACAGGCCCGUCUGUGUUCGAGUACGAUUACAUCGCCGUCCCGGUAUUUGCCGGCGUGACGUCGGACGAGCUAGACGCAGGGGCGCGCCAACACCUGGGUGCCGCGGUCGACACGCUGGUGCCGACGGCGACUCCACGCAAGCAUGCCAAAGCAAAACCUACCGCGGACGGAAGUGGCCAGAUGGAGGUCGCGCAGACUCCUCCGACGUGUGCACUGGCGGCAGUGCCAUCAAUCUCUCCCUGUCCUGCACCUCACACACUUGCCGUGAAAGAUAGCCAAGUUACUGCCGGCGACGCGACACCUGCUGUGGUCAGGCAACAACAGCGCGGCCAUCUUGCACUGGCUUUGCACAGCCGCGCUACGACUCCCGUGCCCGCAGCUCCAGGUAACCCCGGAAGGGUCGCAAGCAGCGGUCGAACGGGAGUUAUGUGGAAUGUAGCGAAGCAGAGGUACUACGUCCGGAUCAUAUCUGCUCGCCGUCAGCAGGUUCGUCUGGGGUCGUACGAGGACAAGGACGAGGCGUCAUACGCGUAUGCUGCGGGAGCCGUUGUACUUCGCCCGAACUCACGCAUCAGCUGCACGGUGGAGCUGUCUGACGGUGACAGGCAGGCUUUAGCCGGCUGCACCGAGGAGAUCCUAAGGCUACUCGUGAAGUACUGGCACUGGAACAGAUGGAGGGAGUGGAGAGCCGCAAUGGCUGGCCUGGACAAUGCGCAGCCGGUCGAGACCCGUUCGCGGCAAAAAGGCAGAGUGUCCCGGGCCAUUAGUGACGUUGAGGAGGUGGAGGCGACCACGCAGACUACAGAGGACCAGCCUAUGGCUGAAGAGCCGGAGGACCCACCAGAGGACUACACGGAUGACGAUGAGUCCAUUGACGAUGAUGCUGUGUAUGAACCGGGAAACGAUGAUUUUGACGAAGAAGAUGACUGGGAGGAUGUCAACCGUGCAGAGGGUGAUGCCUGA